GCAGCUCACAAUGGAUGCAAAAGUCUUUGUACUUUUCAUUUUAUUUCUCACGAAUAUUUCAAUCUUGAUAUGUGAAAAUAUCAACUCUGAAAUUUCCAUCAAUGAAACAGAUUGCAGAAUUUCUCAAAACAAAGUAAAUUGCAAAGAGGCAAACCUAACGACGAUCCCUUGGGACAUCCCACUAAGCACCACAAACUUAUUGCUAAGUAAUAAUCUUAUCCAAACCUUAAGUAACGGAACAUUUGCUGGUCUGUAUCUUCAUGCGCUGUAA